AAGCGCCGCGCAGGCGCAUUUGUCCCACUCGCUAGGUGGGGAGCCCUCGGAGGCGGCGGCGACCCGGGCAGCUGGGGGGGCCACAGAAGUCGUACUCCCUUCAACCCUGCUUUGGUCCCCCUGUGGACGUAAUCUUUAGCCGGCAUUUUGCAUCCCAGGUGUUUGGUGAUGGAGGCGUCUGUGGGGAUUCAGAUGGAUGAACCAAUGACUUUUUCUCCUCAGCCUGACCGGUUUCAGGCUGAUGGCUCUUUGAAAAAAAACGAGCAGAAUUUUAAACUACCAGGUGUUAAAAAAGACAUUGAGAAGCUUUAUGAAGCUGUACCACAGCUUAGUAAUGUGUUUAAGAUUAAGGACAAAAUUGGAGAAGGCACUUUCAGCUCUGUUUAUUUGGCCACAGCACAGUUACAAGUAGGACCUGAAGAGAAAAUUGCUCUAAAACACUUAAUUCCAACCAGUCAUCCUAUAAGAAUUGCAGCUGAACUUCAGUGCCUAACAGUGGCUGGGGGGCAAGACAAUGUCAUGGGUGUUAAAUACUGCUUCAGGAAAAAUGACCAUGUGGUUAUUGCUAUGCCAUAUCUGGAGCAUGAGUCCUUUUUGGACAUUUUGAAUUCUCUUUCCUUUCAAGAAGUACGGGAAUAUAUGUUUAAUUUGUUCAAAGCUUUGAAACGCAUUCAUCAGUUUGGUAUUGUUCACCGUGACGUUAAACCCAGCAAUUUUUUAUAUAAUAGGCGCCUGAAAAAGUACGCCUUGGUAGACUUUGGUUUGGCCCAAGGAACUCAUGAUACCAAAAUAGAGCUUCUCAAAUUUGUCCAGUCUGAAGCUCAGCAGGAAAGUUGUUCACAAAACAAACCCCACAUAAUCACGGGAAGCAAGAUUCUAUUGAGUGGCCCAGCACCCAAGGAACUAGAUCAGCAGUCCACCACAAAAACGUCUGUUAAAAGACCCUACACAAAUGCACAAAUUCAAAUUAAACAAGGAAAAGAUGGAAAGGAAGGAUCUGUAGGCCUUUCUGUCCAGCGCUCUGUUUUUGGAGAAAGAAAUUUCAAUAUACACAGCUCCAUUUCACAUGAGAGCCCUGCAGUGAAACUCAUGAAGCAGUCAAAGACUGUGGAUGUACUGUCUAGAAAGUUAGCAACAAAAAAGAAGACUAUUUCUACAAAAGUUAUAAAUAGUGGUGUGAUGAGGAAAACUACCAGUCCUUGCCCAGCUAGCCUGACAUGUGACUGCUAUGCAACAGAUAAAGUGUGUAGUAUUUGCCUUUCCAGGCGUCAACAAGUUGCCCCUAGGGCAGGUACACCGGGAUUCAGAGCACCAGAGGUCUUAACAAAGUGCCCCAAUCAAACUACAGCAAUUGACAUGUGGUCUGCAGGCGUCAUAUUUCUUUCUUUGCUUAGUGGACGAUAUCCAUUUUAUAAAGCAAGUGAUGAUUUAACUGCUUUGGCUCAAAUUAUGACAAUUCGGGGAUCCAGGGAAACUAUCCAAGCUGCUAAAACUUUUGGCAAAUCAGUAUUAUGUAGCAAAGAAGUUCCAGCACAAGACUUGAGAAGACUCUGUGAGAGACUCCGGAGCAUAGAUUCUAACAUGCCCAAAUUAGCCAGUGAUACACAAGGACCUGCUUCUCAUCACCCAGCCUUCUCAGAGAAAACUGACUGUAAAGCGUCUCACCUCACACAAACACCUCAAGCUCCACACUCAGGGAGUUCAUUUAAAAAGGAGGAUGGUCAUGGCUGUGGGAGUCGUUUUGAUGAGUAUACUACUAACUUAGAAGGCUGGAAUGAGGUACCUGAUGAAGCUUACGACCUGCUUGAUAAACUUCUGGAUCUAAAUCCAGCUUCACGAAUAACAGCAGAAGCAGCUUUGUUGCAUCCAUUUUUCAAAGAUAUGAGCUUGUGAUGAUGAUUCAUCAUUUAAUAUUUACUGUUGUAUAUUGUGAGAUGGGGUAAAUAAAGAAUUCUUUAUAUAUAGCC